AUGGAGAAACAACGCAGUUCUAGGGUUUCCAAUCAUCGGCAGCCCCUAGGUGACGCGACUUCGAGAGUAAACAACUCUGGCACAGACAAGGGCACUGGUCCUCGGCAGCAGGCACAGGGCCAAACUGACCCAAUGCUGAAGAGCAAGCAAGCGCCGAGGGGCCAUUCGACUCCCCUGCCUGUAGCACGACCUGCCCAAUCUGAGAUUCCGGAACCUUCUAUGGUUGAACCUGGCCAUGCCGACAAGCGACAUUCGGCCAUGACCCAGGAUUCCUACACCACCGUCGAGGGAAAACGGGCAUCUAAGGUCUCCAAUGCUUCGUCUGCAGCUUCGAGUGUCCGGCCACGGAAGACACAUAUCGGACCUUGGCAACUCGGAAAGACACUGGGCAAGGGCUCUUCAGCCCGCGUUCGCGCUGCCCGGCAUCGAGUUACUCACCAGUUCGCUGCCGUCAAGAUUGUUGCCAAGAGCACGGCACAUCUCACCCAAGCCGGGAGCUUGGCACAGCUGGACAAGAUCGAGAGCAGCCAGCCAGUCGCUGCAGAUGGAGUGCGACGCAUGCCUCUGGCAAUCGAGCGGGAGGUGGCUGUCCUGAAACUCAUCGAGCAUCCAAAUAUCGUGAAGCUGUACGACAUCUGGGAGAACCGAGAGGAAAUCUACCUAGUGCUCGAAUAUGUCGAGAAGGGAGACCUUUUCGAGUUCAUCAAUUGGCAAGGCCGUCUGAGGGAGGAAGAGGCCAUCUACUACUUUCGGCAAAUUAUGAGUGCCAUUCAGUACUGUCACUCUCUCAACAUCUGCCAUCGCGACCUGAAGCCCGAGAAUAUUCUCCUGUGUGCUGAUGGACAGGUCAAGGUCGCCGACUUCGGCAUGGCUGCUCUACACCAGAGCCCGUCGCAUCAUCUCCACACUGCCUGUGGGAGCCCGCACUAUGCUGCCCCAGAACUCCUGAAGCAGCUGCCGUACAAGGGAGAGAGUACAGACCUCUGGAGCAUGGGUGUCAUCCUCUUUGCCCUGCUUGCUGGUCGCCUCCCCUUUGACGAGCCACGCCUCCAAGAUAUGCUCGCCAAAGCCAAAGAUGCUGACUAUGAAAUGCCCGACUUCCUGAGUCUGGAGGCCCAGGAUCUCAUCGACCGGAUCCUCCAGGUAGAGCCGCAUCACCGUAUCUCCAUGGCUCAGAUGUGGAGGCAUGCUCUGAUCAGGAAGUACGAUUAUCUCGAUGACCUCAACAAAAAUGGCGGGCAGCCCCCGGACAUUCGACGCGAUGCACAUCUCACCGCUCUGGGCGAGGCAGAAAUCGACCCCCAGAUCUUGAGACAGCUAAGAUCCGUUUGGCAUGCCUUCACAGAGGAACAGCUGAAGGCCAAACUUCUCAGCCAUAGGCCCAAUGACGAGAAGCUGUUCUACCGGCUCCUGCACGAGUACAGGGAAGCUCAGAUGGAGAACUAUAAUAAUACCACCAGCACCAACAUGGUCCACUCCAAGAGCGACUUCCAUCAUCUCAAACCCCCCAACUUGGGGAAGCGGAUCUCAACCUGCCAGUUCACGCAAGCCGGCAGAAAGGGACACGUGAGAAACGUGUCGCGCUUCACGGUCAUCUCGAAUGUUGCUGAAACCGAAUCCGGCACCGUCCAGAGCUACGAUCCUUAUAAUGCCUCUCGAGUCUUGCACCCCUGCAAUUCGCAGGCUAGCCAUGCUAAGAUCACCAUCCACCGGAACAGCCCCGAGCCCGGCGCUCAAGCGGAACCCAGUGUGGUGUCGCACUCGUACCGCUCGUACAAGACAGCAGUCGCCGGGUCUCCGCAGCCGAGAAAGGCGAUGAACUCGCAGCAGUCAGGAACGGCAAACCAGCUAUACUCGCCCCCCGGGACCAUGAGCUCUCUCCAGAGCAGCCGUGUGGGCGCAGGUACCCCUCGUGUCCGCCCAACUUCUCGUCACAAACGGGGCGUCGACUUCUCGGCGGUGAGAAAGCGCCCCAAUGAGGCCCGUCGUCGAAGCAGCGACCGCAGUCGGAAGGCUCCGGCAAGCAUCGCCGGUGAUAAUACAACCUAUGGCCGAGACAAUCUCUCCCCGUCAAGCCCGCAGAAGAAGAAGCCCGAACCGCUCAAUGUCACGACUUCUAAGACCAUGGCUGAAGUGAUGAAGCCUAGAGAUGACAGUGUCAUCUGGAACGAAGAGCUAAAACAGCUGGGCCACAAAAUCGCCGAGCAUUGCGACGAGGCGUUCCGGAGCUCCCUCCUGAGUUCCGCUUCGGGUGAAGAAUUCGACGGCCGGCGCGAGGCGACUCCACUCUCCUUUACGUUGGAGUCCUCGCCUGCUAUGCAGAGUCCCAGAACUCCUCCUACCACCGUCAGCCCUCCUCCGCGGCAUAGUUCUCGCCAUUGGGAAUCCCGUCCUCUGCCGCCGAUCCCGCGGGAAGCCGCGCCCACCCCGGAACCAAAGGCGUUCAGGAACUUCUUCAACGGAAAGCACAGCAGAGCAUAUGCAGGUGCCGAGGGUGCCAACUCCCAGCAGGCGCCAGACCGCCGGGUUGUUUCCGCGCCGGUCCAUUCUCGGCACGGCGGAGGCGUGAGCCAGCUUCCUUCGAUUUACGAGAACACGCCAGAUGGUCGCAAGCCGAAUGAUAGCAGCAAGGGCCGAAUCGUCUCUGCACCGGCAGAUUCGCCCGCUGGUAUGCCCAACCCGCACGAUAAUCGGGGUCUGGACUACCUGGCGAGGGUUGAGACCAGCAUCCGGGUGGUGAACUCCCCGACAGAUGUGAAGACGUACGGCACAUACGACCCUGUCCAGGCACCGCAGCCACUCAACGUCCGGAAGAAGUACUCUAGAGGUGUCUCGGAGCCGCAAGACUCGAGUGGAAGGUGCUCUAGGUUGGAGAUGCGCGAGCCCUCUAGCCUUGACCGAUACCAAGAAAGCAAUGUGGGUGAUGGUGGGAGUCGUACGCCUUCUCAGGGUAGCGAAGCCCUGGGUGGAUCGAAGAAGAAGCGGCCUACUUCGUGGUUCAAGCGAUCCUCCAAGGAGAGCGUAAACGAACCCAGCAGCUCUGCGGGAGAGAAGACUUCCCGGUUCAAGGAAGGCAGCUUCUUUACCAAUGCCAACCACGCCAACCGGUCCAGCUCACAAACCACCAGCGAGACUCUAGUUCCCCCGUCGAGCAAGAAGAAGGGCUUUAGCCUGUCGUCAUUCUGGAAGACCAAUAAGCCCGAGCCCACGAUGUCACUGGCAGGUCCUGCCCUGCCGGACACACCAAGCCCAGAGUCCAGGCUCCGGGUCAAGGCCCAGGCGUCUCGAACUGCGGCCACUCACGGAACGAUUGCGAAUCCGUUUGACGAUGUUGACACCAGCGGCAGAAAGAUCGAGGUCCAUCAGAGCUGGCUGGCCCGCUUCUUCCGAGUGAAGCCUGCCACCAGACACCUGUGCUUCACGAUUCCCCGCCGUCGUGCCCGGCAAGAGAUUGCGAUCUUACUGAGAGGGUGGCGGAAAUACGGCAUGAGAAAUAUCGCUGUCGACAAGGCCCGGGACAUUGUGUUUGGCCGCAUUGGGCCCAAAAACUACCUUAAUAUCAAGGAGGUGGCCUUUGCUGCCGAGAUCAUGACUGUCAUUGAGCACGGCAAGCGAAAUCACCUGAGCAUUGUCCGCUUCACCCAGGAGAAGGGAGCUGCCAGCAGCUUCCACAAGGUUGUCGACACCAUGAACACGGUGUUCGGCAGCCGCAAUCUCCUCGUGACUGACGAGCGGAAGGCUAAGAUGAUGAUCAAGACCCUUAACUCUUGA